AUGGAUAACAGACAAACGUUAUCCAUGUUCGCUCAGGGAACUAAUGCUCACAGAUCGAGCCGCGUCAGUAGUACGAUGACAUCGAUGAAUGACGAUCAUCAGGAUCUAGAAAUCAAUGGCUUCAACAAUUUCGGACAAGAAGAUCUACACCGGCAAUACCGUUCAAGUCGACUGAAUUCUCUUCGUUUUCUACCCGAUAACAUCUUAUUAGCUGUGUUUUCCUAUUUAACACCAUUAGAUCUUAUUCAUUGCACACAUGUCUGCCAUCGAUGGCAUCAACUUGUUUCCCAUCAUUCAAAUUUAUGGCAACGUCUUUACUUACGACCUGACUCGAGUAAUGGUAAUUCAGGUGCUGUCCAUGUUCGUCGUUUAGAUAUAUUUCUUCAUGCGAUUGCUACGCGUUUUAAUCUGUCACUACUCUACAUUGACCUACCGAUUGAAUUGAUUACAACUGAAGUCUUACGUGAAUUGGCAAAUCGUUGUCCAAAUUUAGAAUAUUUAACAUUAGAUUUUUCUUCUGCAAUGCAACUGCAUGAUUUCAGUGAUCUAAAUGAGUUUCCUUGUAACCUUAAGCGAUUAUGUAUCUGUUUAUCGGAAGUUAUCUUUCUCGAAGGUUUCAUGCGGCGAAUCUACUCAUUUCUGUCAUCAUUACAUACGUUACAUAUUGUUGGUACACUUGAAAAAUCUUCACUGACGUCAACAACAGCGCCCGAAGAAACCGAUAACUAUGAAACAAUCAAUAUUAGUAAAAUUAAAGCAAAUGCGCCGAAUUUACGUAUUAUUAAUCUUUAUGGUGUUGCUUUCGUUGAUGAUAAUCAUAUUGAAGCAAUAGCAUCCGGCUGUAUACAUCUUGAGUGUCUUGCUUUAAAUUUUUGUACCAAAGUAAUUGGAACAAGUUUUAAAAACUUAAUGAAUCGAUGUCGAAAAUUAACCUGUUUAUUGCUACAGAAUACUGGCAUUCAAGAUGAGCCCAUAAUGGCUGUGAAUUGGUCAACAACACAGCUUACAGAAUUAGAUAUAUCAUCAACAGAUCUAAACGAACAAGCUCUUCUACAUUUCUUUUCAUCAGUACCGAAUCUAACUUAUCUGGCUGUUCCUUACUGUGAUGGUUUUACCGAUGAAGUGUUGGAUCUAUUGAUCACUCGUGGUGUAUUGAAUACUUGUCGUGCACUUGAUUUUAGCAAUACCGUUAAUUUAAGUCUUGAAAGUGUUCACCGAUUUUUAACAUCAUACACGAAUAUAUCUAACAGACUAGAAGCGUUGAGUUACACCGGCAAUGUUGGCAUCAAUGAACAAUUUUGGACUGACGCUAUUCGAUUUCUUCGUCGAAUUAAGAUAUUAAUCAUCGGUACAGCUCAUAGUUGGUUCAAGCAAGUAACACGUCGUAUUCAUAUCGAUCAAAUAUUAGAAUCUUGUGCAGUGAAUUGUCCACAUUUACGACGUCUUGAAAUUCAAUGGGAUCCUGAAACAUUACGAUUAAGUGAAAAUUCUUCAAAGUUUAUCGAUCAUCUUCGCAUACGUUGUACACAUCUGACAUCGUUUGUUCUUUCCGAUGGGCCGUAUUACGAAGGAGCAAAAGCUAAUUUUGAACGUGCCGAACGGCACGGAGUCGUACGAACGAUAACUAUGUAUCAAACAAGUAUUGUUGGUGCUCUUAAUUUUUACAAUGAAUUGAGAUUUAAUUAA